AUGGGACUGUUCUACAGUAAGAGCCAGACAGAGCCCUCUCCAUGCAACUUACUCACUGUGAAAAUCAUACGGAUGAAAAAUGCCAGGAAAGCAGACUUGUUAACCCAGUCUGAUUGCUAUGUGAACCUGAGCCUGCCAACAGCUUCAGUGCAGCAGUUUCGCACCAAGACAGUCCAGAACAACAAGAACCCGACAUGGAACGAGACCUUCCACUUCACCAUUCAGAGCCAGGUUAAGAACAUUCUGGAGCUAAAAGUUUGUGAUGAGGACAACAUAACUCAAGAUGACCAUCUCCUCACUGUUUUCUUUGAUGUCUCCAAAAUCCAGCUUGGAGAAAACAUUCAGCUGUCUUUCCAGCUGAAUCCACAGGGAAAAGAGGAGCUGGAGGUUGAAUUCACAAUGGAGAGCAGUCCGGAUCCUCCUGAAAACAUUGUAACGAAUGGAGUUUUAGUGUCCCGGGAAGUCUCCUGUUUGGACGUGCAGGUGAACGACGGGAGGCUGAGGAAGGACAGUACAGACAGAAAGUUUGCGUUGACCGUGGACGGGUCGUAUGAAGGAACCCAAACCCACACGCUGAGCUCCUGCCUCUGCCCGACCUCCCCGGCCAGGUUCCACUACAUCAAGUACAACCAGUCGGCGCUCACGGUGGCUCUGCCCCGGCGGAGGCGGCUCAGCAGGUCUAUAUCCAGUCAAAAUGAAAGGGAUCUGAAUGAGUCUGUGACUCUAGCUCUGAACUCGCUUCCUAUACAAGAGAAAAUAACAAUAGCAGAGGACAGGACAAUUGACUUGUACACAAAGGCAAAUGAAUGGACGCAGGGCCUGUGUUUCAGGCCAAGAGACCUGGACGCCCGCCUGGGGUUUGACCUGUGCACUGAUGAACAGAAUUUCCUGCAAAACCGGAGGAAGGUGGUUGCUGCUGCGCUGAAGGAUGUUCUUCAUCUGGAGGAAGAUCUGCAAGACCAUGAGGUGCCUAUAGUGGCUGUGACCACAGCAGGGUGUGGGAUAAGAGCACUCACUGCCAUGUACGGCAGCAUUUUGGGCCUUCAAAAGUUGCGUGUUCUGGAUUGCAUUUCCUACAUCAGUGGCUCGUCUGGCACAACAUGGACCAUGACAAAGCUGUACGAAGAUGCUGAUUGGUCACGUAAGGAUCUUGGAGAAAUAAUUAUUGAAGCUCGGAAGCAAGCAUCCAAGUGCAAGAUGGGGGCUUUUUGCAUGAGAAGCCUGAGGAAUUAUUACAGAGAGCUGAGCCAAAGGACCCAAGCAGGACAUAAAACAUCUUUUAUUGAUCUGUGGGGGCUCAUGAUUGAGUCCAUGUUAAAUGAUGGGAAAUGCUACCACAGACUUUCUGAUCAACGUCGGGCAGUGAACCAGGGUCAGAACCCACUGCCCAUCUACCUUGCCCUCAAUGUCAAGGACAAAGUCACCACCAAAGAUUUUAGAGAGUGGGUGGAAUUCACACCAUAUGAGGUGGGCUUCCUGAAGUACGGCGCCUUCAUUCGUGCAGAGGAUUUUGGCAGUGAGUUCUUCAUGGGUCGCCUGAUGAAGAAGCUGCCCGAGUCCCGGAUCUGCUUCAUGCAAGGAAUGUGGAGUAGUAUCUUCUCCAAAAACCUCUUGGACGCCUGGCAUGCAGCUGACAAUUCAGAGGACUUCUGGCACAGGUGGACCCAAGACAAAGUGACCGAAAUAGAGGAACAACCGGACCUGCCCGAGAAGCCAUAUGAGAUGGCUACAUGCAUGUUCACUCCUACAAGUGGCCUCUCCACGACUCUCCGGGAUAUCCUGACGGACCGCCCUGCUGUCUCCAAGUACCACAACUUCCUGAGGGGCUUCCAGAUGCACAAUGAGUACAUCCAGCAGGAGCAUUUCAUGAAAUGGAAAGACACUUUGCUAGACACCUCUCCUAAUGACCUGCGAGGCAACUCAGAUCACCUGGAGUUGGUGGAUGCAGCUUUCUUCUUUGAAACCAGCUGCCCACCCCUUAUGAGACCAGAGCGGAAAGUGGACGUCAUCAUACACUUAAAUUACACUGGUGGAUCACAGACCGUGCCCCUGGAGCAGGCCUGCAGGUACUUCUCGGAGCAGGGAAUUCCAUUUCCCAGCAUUGGGCUGAAGGACGAUGAGAAGAACCUGAAGGAGUGCUACGUGUUUGAUGGUGCAGACACCCCGGGAGCUCCUCUGCUGCUUUAUUUUCCAUUAGUGAACGACACCUUCCAAAGAUACGUAGCGCCUGGCAUGGCACGUAGUGCUGCUGAAAUGGAACAGGGCAAGGUUGAUAUCUCCAGUUUCCGCUCUCCAUACUCAACGAGGGAGGUCUCGCUGAAAGCAGAAGAUUUCAACAAGCUCCUGAAACUGGCUAAUUACAACAUCAUGAACAACGAGAACAUGAUUCUUCAGGCCUUGCGCACGGCUGUGGCACGGAAGAAACAAGCCACGAGCCAGCCAGCAUCACAAGCACAGUCUUCUGAUUGAACAGCAUUUUUGUCUCCUUUACUAAAUAUUUACCAUUACAGCACAUAUGAGAUAGCUACUUCACUGCUCUUGGCAGGUGCCAUCUCCUUCUGACUAAGUAAACGUCUCAAAAAAGAAAACUUGAAGUAUUUGUUUCAAAGCCACGUGGCUCAGUUUACUAAGCACUAGUUACUUUUUGGUCUGGAGUUGUGAUACCAAACACAGCCGCUUAUGUUGUUAACACCAUCUCACUGUGAUGCUCAAGAGGCAAAGAUUCAGCUGUGUGUGAUGGGGGAAGUAGUUUUAGCUCUGUCUCUGCAAUCUCUUAUUUCUUGGUGGCUGUUCGCUAGUAUUUCUUCAUCUGCAGAAUAUUCUGGUAUUUUGUUGGGACCGUUGGUAUCAAAUCCAUAAAACCCUCUUCA